CUUCCCCUCUCCACACCCCGGCCCCCAUUGCUGAUCUCGUCCCAAGCUCUAGCUCCAACACGCAGCUGUCCUGGGCUGUUCGAUCUCGCACCCGAGCAAUGGCGUCGUCGUCCUCCUCCGCUGCCCCAGCAGGCGGCGCUCACCAGGAUGACAUCGCCCCCCUCCCUCUCAUCCGAUGCCCUAGAUGCAAUCGAGGCGUCACUGUCUGGUUCAUAUCAGGCACUGCAAAGAACCCAGGCAGGCAUUUCUACAAGUGCGAGUACCAUGGGACACCUAUAUGCAACUUCUGGAGGUGGGAGGACAAGUACAUCGAAUACAUCAUCGCACAUUGGGGACACAUCUUCUCGCCGGCUCCUCCGCACGCCGGCUUCGACGAGCUAAAGGCCACACUAAUACAGAACCAGGGCGAUAUCAAGAACAUCAAGUGGAUGCUCAUGGGCUGGAUGGUUGUGGUCGUCGCCCUCCUGGCGGCCAAGUACUAGUGGUACCAGCAUACCCGUGUGUGGAUUAGCCACCCAUUACCGAGUUUAGUUAGCAACCCUUUAAUCUAAUUCCCAAUGUAAUCGGGAAGUAAACUCCCCUUAGUGGAUGCAAGUGUUCACCAUCUAGCAAGCUGUUAGGUACUAAUUAGCAUGACAGUGUUCAACUUACUGUA